AUGGCGGAGAGCAUCUACAACCUGCUACCCGAAAUAAAGGAGGAAACGGUUAAGCCACCCAUGUACAAGGCCACCUUCGACCACAGCCGAAAAGUGCCGUACUCGACCUUUGACCAGAGGAAAGCCAAAGGCGGCAUGUUCGGGAUCAAGGAAGGGAAGAGGUCGACGGAGCCGAGACAUUUUCUUCGGGUAGGGGAAGGCACGGAGGCGAGGAGGAGAGCCGGGAAACGGCCGGAAUUGCCGAAGAUCGUCCACGGGCUUGGAGGUAGCGGCGGGGGCGCCGCGAGAAGCGGUUCUUCGGCGGGGUGGGCGUCUAGAGGGCCUACGGGAAUGAAGCGGGGCUUGCAACUAUUGCCGGCGAGGAUGAAACCACCAGUCCCCCGGCGGGGGGAGCGGCCGACGAUGGGCCUGCACUCCGCCAAGAACUUCGUCACCUCCAACGCGGUGGAGACUAUCCUCGCCGUGCCCGCCAACCGCCGCCGACCACCGAUCGACUACCUCAAGAAGGAGGACUUCGGCAGGGUGCCGGACUACUUAGCGCAAGUUCAGGCCGAAGUUCGGGCCGAAAACGAAAUGGUGGAGGAGUUUGUACGGGAACAGAUGGGCAUCAGCGCAAUCGCGAAGGAGGAAAUCCCAGAAAUGCCGAGCGAGGAACAGGCGGAGCUGGUGGACAAGCUCAAGGCAAAAUGGGACGAUGUCAAUUGCAGGUAAUGGUGACAGCGGGAUACACAAAGCGCGAAUGAACACAACACGCAUGCAGACUGUCGUAAUAUUCUCGCUCGGCAUUCCUCCGCUCAUUCCCCCCCUCCGAAUCCACUCUGGGUCUACUGCUGGCAGGUGGGACUACUGUAGUAUUGUUGGCAUCGACAAGCGCUGAUGUGUGAUUGUUCCGCCCGAAAUGGAUGCACCAACAACAGACCCACGGAUUUCGUCGGAAAGACUAAAAGUGCAAAUAUGAACUGAAACGGCAAAACAGCCAUCCCCGAUCCCCUGAGAAAGAUAAACAUGCGAAAUAGAGUAAUUUCUAGCGCCCAUGGAGCAACACUAGCUCAUUCCACGCCCGCACCAAAACCUCUCCAAGCCGUUGACCCACCACCACUCCUAUCAAAACAUGAAGACUGCUGCUUGCAUCGCCGCUGCGUGCGCCACUUCGGCGUCGGCCUUCGUGGCCCCCAGCGCCUUCAACGGUGCCGCCCUCACCACCGCGGCCAAGUCCUCCUCGGCCAUGAAGAUGUCCUUCGAGUCCGAGAUCGGCGCGCAGCCCCCGCUCGGCUUCUGGGACCCGCUCGGCCUCCUCGAGGACGCGGACCAGGAGCGCUUCGAGCGCCUCCGCUACGUGGAGGUGAAGCACGGCCGC